AUGUUCUGCAUCUUUUUUUUAAUUGUGAGGGGAUUGUUUUGCCAGCGACGCGAGAACGGACGAGGCUCUAUUGUCAACUGCUGCGCACAUUCCAGCCGCCCAUGUAACGCCCGGGUCGGUGGUGUAGUGCACUACAGCCAAGCUCGCUGCCACUUCGCGUUUACCUUAUAUUUAGCUAUUGGCUUACUUGUGACAAGCCUAUGA